AUAGAAUAAUAUUGGGUUUUACCAUGCAACAUUUCCUUUAUUUUUUUAUAUAUGUGUAAAUGAUUUAGGAUUUCUACCCACUCAUGAAUACGAAGCUAUUUACUCGGUCAUAUUUCAUAAAGGGAAGGGAGGUUGGGUGACCAUAAGAUGUCACUGAUCGUGUCACAGUAUAUCUACCCGCCGUCGGCUGGGAUGAUUGCUUUAUGCUUCAGUGCAUUGGAGACAGAAGGUCACCUUGCUAUAAGCAGACGAACACAAACAGCCACCAUGUUGACAAGACGAGUUAUACAUCCUGCGGUUGUAGUGACUAUACUGGUCAGUUUGACCACCAGCUCGGACAACUGUGAUCAUACUUCGAUUGGAAGCCACCCGGAAUGUCAACCCACGUGGUGUAGCUGCGAGAAGGAACGAGAGCAGUAUGAACCACCUCUGAGCUGCACUGCCUGGUAUAAAGAUGAGUGGUCAAGAUGCUUCCAUGUGGCCAGUCCAGGCACAGCUGUGCCCGCCGGGGUCAUGUCAUCAGUUCCAUCGGUGACAGGAGUGUUUCUGUCUUCCUCCGAUAAAUCUGGGCAACGCAUACCACUGUUGAAUAUUGACAUAUCACAGCCUACGGAUGACAAGUAUGAUAUGAUACAAUUACUUCUGAGAAGUACAAGGGAGGUUUCUGACGAGUACUAUGUAGAUACGUAUUAUGAGAAGUUCCCUUCUUGGACACGUAAAAGAUUUCCAGCACCUGAUACCAAGGCACCCGUCCGAAAGAUGCUAAGUUUUCGCAGCUCGUUCGGAAACCUUGACACAUGUAAUGUUCGUUGUGAUUGGGGGAAGUGUGAAGUGUCUUUAAAUUUGUAUUUACUGACCAUAACGAUAUUUUCAUCAGAACGUCAAAAUCUACCCGGACAAAGUAUAACGUACCAAGUAACAUCAUAUAACCGUCGAUUUUUACAAGAUGCCAAAGAUAGUCAAUGGAAACCAAUUAUCAUGACUGCAGUUCUCCGAAAUGAUAGAGGUAUACAUGUGGUGUUCGAACCUCUGCCGUCUCGGUUUGUAAACGAAAAUACAUUUUAUGUAAUCACUCUCCAAGAUUGGGAAACAUGGGAGCUAAAACGGAACACAACAAUAAGGCAUAACAAGGCAGACGCCUACUACGGGUGUAUAUUUGAUUUCAAUGAAUCUAGCGGCAUUUAUGAAGUUAUGAUACAAUAUAAAAACUGCUACCGCUGUCCAUUUGAAACUUGGGUAAAAUCUGCAGACUUUACUUUACCAGAGUAUCCCGACGAAUAUAAAGCAGUACGCCCGAAGAUCUCUAUUCAGCCAAAGCGUAGAUACACAGAGAUUCAAAUUCUUGUAACGAUUUUUACAGUUUUGCUUCUCGCUAUCAUCGUAUUCUUUUGUCGUCGAAAAAUAAAAGCGAGACUGCAAAGGGACACAAGACCGUCAGUGGAAGCAUUAUUUCAAAACAACAACAACAACAACAACAACAACGCCAAUGAAAGAACCGUUCUGCCGUCUGGUAAUCAAAACGCACCGUUAAAUCAGCGGCGCGAAUCAAAAGACUCAAUACGUACACGACUUGAAAAAUUAAACUAUCCAAAUGGAUAUAUGGAUGACGAGGUAUUAAAUUUAUGUGUAUCAUAGCAAUAUCAUUGGAGCAAUUAAUUGGAAAAAUAAAUACAGCUGAAAAGUUUCUGUAACAAAUAUGGAAGUCUCGAUAUAUUUAACAACAGGUUGCAUCUGUCAGAAAAGUCCAACAAGUUGUUUCAAAAUGUGUUCUAACAUCAAAAGCAAAUGUUGAACCUAUGACCCUUUAGUUUCUGCCAUAUGAGCUAUAAAAUUUAGCCCCGCUUUACACUGCCAGCUGCUAUGGUUAAAUUGAGUUGUUAAAACUGUAUAUGGUUUUUAUUGUACACUUAUAGAUACGAUGUCAAAGUUUCAUACCGACACUCUCCUUUCUCUGUAUACAUGAUGAUUCAUUGUAAAUAUAAAAGAUACAUGUGUAUAUAAUAUAAAUCUGGAGUCGAACUUUAAAUAUCCCCAUACUACUGCUCAGAAGAACGAAACUUUGAAUUGGAUAUUGGAAACAUUUUUUUCUGGCAUGAAAAUAGAUUUAUCAAUUAUCAUCUCAUUAAAGAAAUCGAUAUUUUGCCGAACAAUUUCAUGGCAAAAAUAUAGAUUAAAUAAAAUAAUCAGCAAUACUUUUCUUGGAGUGAAAGUUUAAUUGGGCCAUAACUUGGUUUAAAUCAUUGACCUCCGAUCACAAUACGAUCUGAAUAAGUAACUGAGCAACAUCAUUAAUGGUUUGAUGGUGGCCGAAAAGCAUUAGAGACAUGAUCAGAACGAAAUCAAGGACAUAUUUCUAUAUUUAUAUAGAACUGUAGUGGAAUUCCUCCCUAGUGUUCUAUUGCAGAGGGAGAGAUCAUUCCUAAUACCUAUUAUUCACAACAAACCUGGCUUGAAACCGACUUUAAGGAGCAGUCUGCAGUCGUAGAAUUCACGUUUUCUUUUACAAUAUUUCCACAAAAGCCAUUGCACUGGUUACCUGUACGAUACAUGUCGCAGUACAAAAUUUUGGU